AUGUCAUACGCCGACGCUGCUGCCAAGGGCCCUAAGCAGGCCCCCGAGGAUGCUCGCGCUCCUUUCGUUGGAGGAGUCUACAAGGACGAAUCCGAGAGCACAGCUUCUCUCAUCGACGUCGACGGACCUCACGUGCAAUCCGUGGACGCAGAGUUUCUCGAGCAAGAUGUCCAGACUACUACCCAGGCUGAGCGGAUAGAGCGUGAGGCCGAAGAGAAGGAGAAACAGCGCGCACGCGAGGAUGCCGAGAAGAAGGCCAAGGCUCACAAAGCGAAGGCCAGUGGCAUCCGUGGAAACACCAACAACCCCGUCUUCCUCGCCAACGCUGCUAUUGCGACUCUCGUCGGUGCUGGUCUCGGCUUUGGUGCUUACCGUCAACACACCCAGGGCAAGCUGUCCUGGGAGCUCGUUGGACUGUCUGCUGGUGCUGUUGGUGUCUUUGGUGCCGUGGACUACCUCGUCAGCAAGUGGUUCUUGCAGAACAAGUUCCCCCCGAAAUAG